AUGACCGUCGAAGGGCAUUGUGACGCACGCUUCGCCGGGCUCAAAGCGGAACUCGAAAGACAACUCGAGUCGGGCAACGAACUCGGGGCGUCGAUCGUGGUCAACAUCGACGGCACCAACGUGGUCGACAUAUGGGGCGGGUACGCGUCGGCGGACCACAGCCGGGCCUGGACCAAGGACACCAUCACCAACGUGUGGUCGUCGUCCAAGACGGUGUCGGCGCUGGCGGUGCUGGUGCUCAUCUCGCGCGGCCUCGUCGACCCGGACGCACCCCUGUCGAAGUACUGGCCGGAAUUCGGCGCCGGCGUCGAGACGACGACGGCCAAAACCCCCGUGCUGGUACGCCACAUCCUCUCGCACACGUCGGGCCACUCGGGCUGGCGGUCCCCCAUGACGGUCGAGCGGCUGUACGACCUCGACCUCGCGACGUCGCUGCUCGCGUCGCAGGAACCCUUCUGGGAGCCCGGCACGGCCUCGGGCUACCACUCGAUCUCGAUGGGCCACCUGAUCGGCGGACUCGUGCGGCGCGUCACGGGCCAGUCCCUGGGCUCGUUCGUCGCCGCCGAGAUCGCCGGCCCGCUGGGCGCCGACUGGCAACUGGGCGCGCGCGAGUCGGACUGGGCCCGCGUCGCCGACCUCCUCCCGCCUCCGCCGAGUUCCCUGGACUUCAGCAAGCUCGACCCGGAGUCGGCGACGGCCAAGACGUUCGCGAACCCGCCCCUGAGCGCCGAGAUGGUGCACACCCCCGAGUGGCGCGCCGCCGAGCUGGGCGCCGUCAACGGCCACGGCAACGCUCGAUCGCUCGCUCGCAUCCUCUCGGCCGUCACCCUCGGCGGGACCGUCGACGGCCACCGCCUGCUGGCCCCCGAGGUCGUCGAGCGCAUCUUCGACGUGCAGGCCGACGGCGUCGACGUCGUCGUCGGCGUCGCCCUGUGCUUUGGCGUCGGCUUCGGCCUCGCCCAGGGCGGCACGCUGACCUCGGUCCCCUUCUUGCCCAAGGGUGGCAAGCUGUGCUUCUGGGGCGGAUGGGGCGGGAGCAUCGUCCUCAUGGAUCUCGAGAGGAAAGUCACCUUUAGCUAUGUCAUGAACAAGAUGGGAGACGGUAUCAUGGGGUCAGAAAAGACGGCCGCGUACGUCAAAGCCGCAUACAAGGCUUUGGGGGUUGAAGGGUAUUAA